UGAAUUCCCAGGCAGGAAAGUGGGUUCAGCCUAUGCGGGGAAAGGUCACCAACUGAGGUCAGAAUGAUUCCCUCUCUCUUGCCUCGAGCGCUGUACUCAAGUUGUUGAGAGAGACCGGAAGGGACUCCAUGAAUUUCAGUGAGGCCUCGGAUGCUCAGAGGGGUCCCCUAAACCACAAAGCUCCCCAGCUAAUAGGCGGACAAACUCAGACUUGAAAUGGGGCUCUGGAGUCCAGGGUCCAGGCUCCUUCCUUUCCACCCCUCAGCAAGCAGAGCCCUGGGCAGGUCCAUUAGCCAGAGCAUCUCUCCAUGCAGAGGGCUGUGUCGACCUAAUGGCCUCUCCCGGCCCACAAGAGACCCUCUUUCCUGCACAGCGCUAUGUUAACGCCGAGAUGAUAGGGCCUGCUGAUGCUCUGAGGCCUCUUUGGCUGUCCCAGAUGGCCUUCAGGCAGGGAGACACUGCCAGGAUGGCACAGGAAGGACGUGAACACUCCCGCAGCUCCUCACGGCCCCCAGCCUUAUUCUCAUUUCCCUGAAAGGCAUCCCCCAGCCUAGAUGGGCAGCCUGAGAGCCCACACCCAGCUAGGUCCAUUAGUCCCCAGCCAGCUUGUCUGCAGGCCUCCUGGGUGGGGUGGGUGCCUUCCUGUAUUUAUGCCUCAAGCUCCCCUUCCAGCAUCUCAGAGAGCAGAGUGAAGGCAUCCCAGGGACAGGACUCCUGUGAGGCCAGGGUGGGGAGCAGCCAAGGCGAGCUGGGAGAAGCCCUGCAGAGCCGGGAGCAGGGACUGGGCCGGAGCAGCUCGGGGGCAUGGAGCCAGUGGAGCUGCUUCCAGGCGUUGGAAUUAGACACCAGAGCCCGGUCACCUUUCCCCGAAGGACUGAGCACCAAGUCGGGAGCAGGAUGAACGGGAUUAUAGCGGACUCCUAUGUCCAGAAGCUCUCCCCAAAUGACUCCAUGAUAAACACACCGGACACCGCUCCCGAGGUGCUGAGCAUCCUGGCCACGUUCGUCUGCGUGUGCGGCAUGAUGGGCAAUGGCCUGGUGGUCUGGCUGCUGAGCUGCCCGGGGCAGAUGACCCCGUUCUGCACGUACAUCCUCCACCUGGCCGUGGCUGACUUCCUCUUCCUCCUCUGCACGGCCGUCACCCUCUCUCUCGACCCGACCCUGCCGGCCUAUGAGGUGAUGGAGAGAGCGAGGUCCUUCGCCUACACCACCAGCCUGACCCUCCUGACGGCCAUCAGCGCGCAGCGCUGCCUGUCUGUCCUCUUUCCCAUCUGGUACAAGUGUCGCCGCCCCCGGCACCUGUCAGCCGUGGCGUGUGCCCUGCUCUGGCUGCUGUCCCUCCUGAUGAACGUGCUGGUCUCACUCUUCUGCAGGGAGUUCUGGGCCAGCCUAAGGCAGUGUUACACGGUGGACUCCGUCUUCAGUUUCCUCAUCAUGGGGAUCUUCACCCCAGUGAUGACCCUGUCCAGCGUGACCCUCUUCGUGCGGGUGCGGAGGAGCUCACAGGAGUGGGGGCGGCCGCAGCCCACACGGCUGUACGUGGUCAUCCUGGCCUCUGUCACGAUGUUCCUCAUCUGCGCCCUGCCUCUCGGCAUCAGCUGGUUCUUCCUCUAUUGGCUGGACCUGCCCCAGAAUCAGAAGACUCUUUUCCACCACAUGGCAUGCCUCUCCUCGGCCCUGAGCAGCAGUGCCAAUCCUGUCAUCUACUUCGUGGUGGGCAGCCAGGGACACUGCUGCUUGCGGGAGUCCCCAGGGGCCAUACUCCGCAGGGUGCUGAGGGAGGAGCCUGACAGGGAGGGGAGGGAGACACCCCCCACGGGCACCAACGAGCUGGGGGCCUGAGAGCCUGGGCGCCCCGGGGAUCUGCAUGCCUUCCCUGCCCAGUGUCUGUCUGGCCUGCUGUUAACAGCCCCAGAGCCUUGCCCCUUGCCCUGUUGGGGUCUCUUUCUUCUAGGCCAAAGCCCCCCAUGCCUUGAUGUGGUCUGGCUCUCACAAUGGGACUCAGCUGGGAAGACAAAAUGCAAUUUCUCCUGGGUGUCACAGGGCUCUCCUUCGCUGAGGCCUGGCCUGUGGAGCCUGAUUGUCCCCCAGGCUCUGUGGGUGGGUAGCCUGCUUCCAUGUGAAUGCAGAAGCACAUUCUCCAAGCCUCCUGCUCCCCUCCAAGGACAUCUUUGUGCAGGAGGCAGGGUGUGGGUCCUGUGACUUUCUGGCCUGAUGCUGGUCCUUGGGCACAUGCUGGUGGCACCAGCUGACCGCCAGGGGGAUGCCCAUGGUCUGCCUUCCACCAGGGGUCCUGCUGACCCCUUCCAUGACUGCAGUCCUUGGCCAGCCAUGUCCACCACUGACCAAACCCACUGGCUGUAAGCCUCGUCCUCCACCUGGCCCAGGACAGCGCUUGACCCCUGACCUUUGCCUUCGGCUUGCUGUGCAGCACCACACCUGGCAACCACGGCAGGUCUGUUUGCUUUGCUCCAGGAGGCUGCCCUGGAACCAGGAGAGCCCCUGCUGACCCCCUGGAGAUGCACAACAGAUCUUGAUGGGACUGUGCCCAGGAGGCAGGGGCAAAAAAAACUGGAUAGGGGUCUUCCCAGAGUUGUUACUAGUCCUAAAAAUGUGUAGGAUGUUAGUGACAUUACAAGAAUGGGUUGUGACGGGUGCUGGGUGGCUCAGUCAGCUAAGCGUCUGCUUUCAGCUCAGGUCAUGAUCCCGGGGUCCUGGGAUCGAGCCCCGUGUCAGGCUCCCUGCUCCGCGGGGAGUCUCCUCCUCCCUCUGCCUCGGCCCCUCCUCCCUGUCCAUUGCUCACGCUCUCUUUCUUGCUCUCUCUCAAUUAAAUAAGUAAAAUAUUUGGAAAAAAAAAAAAAAGAGUGGGUUGUAAAGCUAAGUAGUAUCUUUAAACUAUUUAUAAUACAACACAAUUUUUGAUCAACCAUGCUAAGAAAAAAGAUUAUAUUAAUUCUCAGUUCCCUUUAUGGAAGAAAUUCAAAACUGUUACCUAUGAAAAAAUGUCAAAGAGUGCGCAGCAAGAAUGGUAGAAAAAAUAUUGCAGAUGUUUUCCUGUAUUUUGCAUUAUUUGUGGUAUUUGUCACUUAUAAAAAUCUACAGUUUGCUAUGAUUUCUUGUCCUGUUCUAAAUAAAUGGUCAUU